CCUAAAAUGGAAGAAGGCAAAAGCCAAAGUUUUGAGGAAGAUUUUGAAGGACAGGCCACACAUACAGGUCCCAAAGGAGUAAUAAAUGAUUGGAGAAAGUUUAAAUUAAGGAGUGAAGAGAGUGAAUCCAUCCCACCUAGCAAGAAGGAGAUUCUCAGGCAAAUGUCUUCUCCUCAGAGCAGAAAUGACUCAAAAGAAAGAUUCAGCAGAAAGAUGAGCAUUCAAGAAUAUGAACUAAUCCAUCAAGACAAAGAGGAUGAAAACUGCCUACGUAAAUACAGAAGACAGUGCAUGCAGGAUAUGCAUCAGAAGCUGAGUUUUGGGCCUAGAUACGGGUUUGUAUAUGAGCUGGAAACUGGGGAGCAAUUCCUGGAAACAAUUGAAAAGGAGCAAAAGAUCACCACAAUUGUUGUUCACAUUUAUGAAGAUGGCAUUAAGGGCUGUGAUGCUCUAAACAAUAGUUUUACAUACCUUGCAGCAGAAUACCCUAUGGUCAAAUUUUGUAAAAUAAAAGCUUCUAAUACAGGUGCUAGGGACCGCUUUUCCUCAGAGGUACUCCCCACACUACUUGUUUACAAAGGUGGGGAACUCAUAAGCAACUUUAUUAGUAUUGCUGAACAGUUUGCUGAAGAAUUUUUUGCUGGAGAUGUGGAGUCUUUCCUGAAUGAAUAUGGGUUGCUACCUGAAAGAGAGAUACAAGCCUUAGAGCAGACCAACAUGGAGGAAGAAGAUAUGGAAUAA